AUGGUCAACAUCAGCGAAGUCAAGGGCUCUUCGCGCGAAAACAGAACCGCGGCGCAUACACAUAUCAAAGGCUUGGGUCUACGGCCUGACGGCACGGCCGAGAUCUCUGGGAAUGGUUUCGUUGGCCAAACCGCUGCCCGCGAGGCAUGCGGCGUGGUUGUCGACCUCAUCAAGGCCAAAAAGAUGUCUGGGAGGGCGGUGUUACUAGCAGGCGGCCCCGGCACAGGCAAAACAGCGUUGGCGUUGGCAGUGUCGCAAGAACUAGGGACCAAGGUGCCGUUCUGUCCAAUUGUGGGCAGCGAAGUGUACUCUACAGAGGUCAAGAAGACAGAGGCGCUGAUGGAAAACUUCCGAAGAGCAAUAGGGCUCCGAGUGCGCGAAACGAAAGAAGUCUACGAAGGCGAAGUCACCGAACUCAUUCCCGAAGAGUCAGAGAACCCUUUGGGCGGAUUCGGCCGAACCAUCUCCCACCUCAUCAUCACACUCAAGUCGGCAAAAGGCACAAAGAAAUUAAGGCUAGAUCCUAGCAUCUACGAGGCCAUUCAGAAAGAAAGAGUCACGGUCGGCGAUGUCGUUUACAUCGAAGCCAACACCGGCGCCUGCAAGAGAGUCGGGCGGUCAGACGCGUACGCCACAGAGUUCGAUUUGGAAGCCGAGGAAUAUGUGCCUGUGCCUAAGGGAGAGGUGCACAAGAAGAAAGAAGUCGUGCAAGAUGUCACGCUCCAUGAUCUGGACAUUGCCAACGCACGACCCCAGGGUGGCCAGGAUGUUAUGAGCAUGAUGGGUCAACUGAUGAAGCCGAAAAAGACCGAGAUCACGGACAAGUUGAGAGCAGAGAUCAACAAGGUGGUCAGUCGUUAUAUCGAUCAGGGCGUUGCAGAGUUGGUGCCCGGUGUUCUCUUCAUUGACGAGGUCCACAUGCUCGACAUCGAAUGCUUUACAUACCUCAACCGCGCUCUCGAAUCGCCCAUCUCGCCGAUAGUUAUUUUGGCUUCGAAUCGGGGUAACACCGUCAUCCGCGGCACCCAGGACAUCAAAGGCGCUCAUGGCGUCCCGCCGGAUCUAUUAGCCCGCCUGCUUAUCAUCCCCACACAUCCAUACAAUGCCUCUGAAGUGCAGACCAUCAUUCGGCUACGCGCAAAGACCGAGGGCCUGUCCAUUACGGACGCAGCUGUGGAGAAGCUUUCGCAGCAUGGCACGAACGUGUCGUUACGCUACGCGCUGCAGCUGCUAACGCCCAGCAGCAUCUUGGCCAAGGUCAAUGGAAGACAGGAGAUCUCCCCCGAGGACGUGGCUGAGUGUGAAGACCUCUUUAUUGACGCCCGGCGGAGCGCCAAAGUGGUGGAGGCAGCUGAGGGGGCGUUCAUAAGUUGA